CAAAGUAGUUGGUGAACCAGGCAAGGCAGUCAUUAGAAAAACCGAGGCUAUUGAGUCUGCCGAUAAGAAUAUGGUGAUUGACAGAGUCGAAAGCCUUGGCCAGGUCGAUGAAGACGGCUGCACAGUAAUGUCUUUUAUCGAUGGCGGUUAUGAUAUCGUUUAGUACCUUGAGCGUGGCUGAGGUGCACCCGUGACCGGCUCGGAAACCGGAUUGCACAGCGGAGAAGGUACGGUGGGAUUCGAGAUGGUCAGUGAUCUGUUUGUUGACUUGGCUUUCGAAGACCUUAGCUAGGCAGGGCAGGAUGGAUAUAGGUCUGUAACAGUUUGGGUCCAGGGUGUCUCCCCCUUUGAAGAUGGGGAUGACCGCGGCAGCUUUCCAAUCCUUGGGGGAUCUCAGAUGAUACGAAGGAGAGGUUGAACAGGCUGGUAAUAGGGGGUGCGACAAUGGCGGCGGACAGUUUCAGAAAUAGGGGGUCCAGAUUGUCAAGCCCAGCUGAUUUGUAUGGGUCCAGGUUUUCCAGCUCUUUCAGAACAUCUGCUAUCUGGAUAUCUGUAAAGGAGAAGCUGGGGAGGCUUGGUCGAGUAGCAGCGGGGGGUGGGCGGGGCUGUUGGCCAAGGUUGGAGUCGCCAGGAGGAAGGCAUGGCCAGCCAUUGAGAAAUGUUUGUUGUAGUUUUCGAUUAUCACGGACUUAUCAGUGGUGACCGUGUUACCUAGCCUCAGUGCAGUGGGCAGCUGGGAGGAGGUGCUCUUGUUUUCCAUGGACUUUACAGUAUCCCAGAACUUUUUGGAGUUAGAGCUACAGGAUGCAAAUUUCUGCUUGAAAAAGCUGGCCUUUGCUUUCCUGACUGACUGCGUGUAUUGGUUCCUGACUUCCCUGAACAGUUGCAUAUCGCGGUUGCUCUUCGAUGCUAUUGCAGUUCGCCACAGGAUGUUUUUGUGCUGGUCGAGGGCAGUCAGGUAUGGAGUGAACCAAGGGCUAUAUCUGUUCUUGGUUCUGCAUUUUUUGAACGGAGCAUGCUUGUCUAAUAUGGUGAGGAAGUAACUUUUAAAGAAUGACCAGGCAUCCUCAACUGACGGGAUGAGGUCAAUAUCCUUCCAGGGUACCCGGGCCAGGUCGAUUAGAAAGGCCUGCUCGCAGAAGUGUUUUAGGGAGCGUUUGACAGUGAUGAGGGGUGGUCGUUUGACCGCGGACCCGUGGCGGAUACAGGCAAUGAGGCAGUGAUCGCUGAGAUCUUGAUUGAAGACAGCAGAGGUGUAUUUGGAGGGCAAGUUGGUCAGGAUAAUGUCUAUUAGGGUGCCCAUGUUUACGGAUUUAGGGUUGUACCUGGUUGGUUCCUUGAUGAUUUGUGUGAGAUUGAGGGCAUCAAGCUUAGAUUGUAGGACUGCCGGGGUGUUAAGCAUAUCCCAGUUUAGGUCACCUAACAGGACAAACUCUGAAGCUAGAUGGGGAGCGAUCAAUUCACAGAUGGGGUCCAGGGCACAGCUGGGAGCUGAGGGGGGUCGGUAGCAGGCGGCUACCGAAAUAGUCUCUCAACAGUGAGAGACUUAUUUCUGGAGAGAUUAAUGUUUAAAAUUAGAAGUUCGAACUGUUUGGGCAUAGACCUGGAAAGUAUGACAGAACUUUGCAGGCUAUCUCUGCAGUAGAUUGCAACUCCUCCCCCUUUGGCAGUUCUAUCUUGACGGAAAGUGUUAUAGUUGGGUAUGGAAAUCUCAGAGUUUUUGGUGGCCUUCCUAAGCCAGGAUUCGGACACGGCAAGGACAUCAGGGUUGGCAGAGUGUGCUAAAGCGGUGAGUAAUGCAAACUUAGGGAGGAGGCUUCUGAUGUUGACAUGCAUGAGGCCAAGGCUUUUUCGAUCACAGAAGUCAACAAAUGAGGGUGACUGGGGACAUGCAGGGCCUGGGUUUACCUCCACAUCACCCGAAGAACAGAGGAGUAGUAGGAUGAGGGUGCGGCUAAAGGCUAUCAAAACUGGUCGCCUAGAUCGUUGGGGACAAGGAAUAAAAGGAGCAGAUUUAUGGGCGUGGUAGAAUAGAUUCUGGGCAUAAUGUGCAGACCAGGGUAUGGUGGGGCACGGGUACAGCGGAGGCAAGCCCAGGCACUGGGUGAUGAUAAGAGAGGUUGUAUCUCUGGACAUGCUGGUCUCAAUGGGUGAGGUCACCGCAUGUGUGGGGGGGUGGGACAAAGGAGGUAUCAGAGGUACGGAGAGUGGAACUACGGGGUCCAUUGCAAACCAAAACAAUGAUAACUAGCCUGAACAACCGAAUGCAAGGCAUAUUGAUAUUUGAGAGAGACAUACAAUAAGGCAUAAAGUGAUUGCAGGUCUUGAUUGGGAGAGCUAGCUAAAACAACAGGUGAGAUAACAGCAGCUAGUCAGCUAACACAGCAACAGCAGGUAAAAAUGGCGGCGACUAGGCAGAGAGGGUCGGAUUAACUACACACAGAUCCUGAGUUAAAGCACAGAGCCGACAGAUAAAACACAAAUAAACAGAAUGGAGUACCGUGAAUUAAUGGACAGUCAAGCAGGCAUCAGCUAUGUAGCCAAGUGAUCAUAGUGUCCAGGGGGCAGCCGUAGAUGGAGCAGUGAGGCCUCCACUAAACUAGCACGCGUUUAAAGUUAGUAGCCCGGGGGGUGGUCUGCUCAGACGGAGGGGGUCUGCUAAAGACGGAGGCCGGUUGAGGGCACAGCGGAUGGGGUAUUCGUCUGCAGACCAGACGUGGUCGUGUCGACAGAGAAUCCAAGCCGCAUGGCGAUGGCGAAAGAGAGGUUGUGAAUUGUAGAAUUGUGUUUGCUAACUGGUGCUAGCUUCCUGGCUGCACUAGCUGCAAGAUAAGCUAGCAGUUAGCAGACCGGGGCAGGCAAGCUAGCAGUUAGCAGACCGGGGCUAGCAAGUUAGCCUUUGGGGGACGUCGCGAUGGGGGGGAAGUCUGUUUUUGCCUCUUCGUGCGGUGACGUUGAUAGACCAGUCGUGGAAUUAGUAGGGUUCCAGGUAGCUCUAGGUAGCUAGCAGGCCUAGUAGGUUAGCAGAAUGGGCCUUCAGCGGGCGUCACACCUGAGGGGCCUGUUGGAGUCCUCGGGCAGAUUAUGUCGGUAUUCCAGUCGUAGAGGAUCGGCGGGGUUCCGUGCACCGUACCGGCAGUAAAGGGGUCCGGAUAUUGUAGCCCAGGAGUGGGCUUCAAUGGUAGCACAGGAGCCCUAGCCGGGCUAGCUUCAGGCUAAUUGGUGCUUGCUCCGGGAUGGAAACGCUAGCCAGGAGUGGUCACCCGGGAUUGUGGUUAGCUAGUUGCGAAGAUCCAGAUGAAAAUGUUUAGAGUUUGCGGUAGGAAUCCGGGGAUAUGGAGAGAAAUAGGUCCGUUAUGCUCUGGUUUUAGUCACGUUGUUCGAACUAGCGAGAGCUUUCCGAGCUAAAGGUUAGCUGAUGACCGCUAGCAAUGGUUUGCUAACUGAUAGCUGGUAGGUAGUUAGCUGGCUAUCUUCAGUUGAUGGAUUCCAGAUCAGAAGUAAAUAGAAAUACUUUAGAAAAAAGCAGAUCCACGCCACAUUGGGUGAGGCGGGUUGCAGGAGAGUAGAAGUUGAGGUUUAAGAAAAUAUUUUUAAAAAGAUAUGCAAAGAAAAAGAUGUAUAAAGAUAUAUAAGAGGGACACGGGACACGACAGGACAAAGACGUCUACACUGCUACGCCAUCUUGGAAAUAUGAGGGAUCUGGGGCUCCACGCAAGAUCUCACCCCGUGGGGUCAAAAUGAUCACAAGAACGGUGAGCAAAAAUCCCAGAACCACACGGGGGGACCUAGUGAAUGACCUGCAGAGAGCUGGGACCAAAGUAACAAAGCCUACCAUCAGUAACACACUACGCCGCCAGGGACUCAAAUCCUGCAGUGCCAGACGUGUCCUCCUGCUUAAGCCAGUACAUGUCCAGGCCCGUCUGAAGUUUGCUAGAUAGCAUUUGGAUGAUCCAGAAGAAGAUUGUUAGAAUGUCUUAUGGUCAGAUGAAACCAAAAUAGAACUUUUUGGUAAAAACUCAACUCGUCGUGUUUGGAGGACGAAGAAUGCUGAGUUGCAUCCAAAGAACACCAUACCUACUGUGAAGCAUGGGGGUGGAAACAUCAUGCUUUGGGGCUGUUUUUCUGCAAAGGGACCAGGACGACUGAUCCGUGUAAAGGAAAGAAUGAAUGGGGCCAUGUAUCGUGAGAUUUUGAGUGAAAACCUCCUUCCAUCAGCAAGGGCAUUGAAGAUGAAACGUGGCUGGGUCUUCCAGCAUGACAACGACCGGAAACACACAGCCAGGGCAACUAAGGAGUGGCUCCGUAAGAAGCAUCUCAAGGUCCUGGAGUUGCCUAGCCAGUCUCCAGACCUGAACUCAAUAGAAAAUCUUUGGAGUGAGCUGAAAGUCCGUAUUGCCCAGCGACAGCCCCGAAACCUGAAGGAUCUGGAGGUCUGUAUGGAGGAGUGGGCCAAAAUCUCUGCUGCAGUGUGUGCAAACCUGGUCAAGAACUACAGGAAACGUAAGAUCUCUGUAAUUGCAAACAAAGGUUUCUGUACCAAAUAUUAAGUUCUGCUUUUCUGAUGUAUCAAAUACUUAUGUCAUGCAAUAAAAUUCGAAUUAAUUACUUAAAAAUCAUACAAUGUGAUUUUCUGGAUUUUUGUUUUAGGUUCCGUCUCUCACAGUUGAAGUGUACCUAUGAUAAAAAUUCCAGACCUCUACAUGCUUUGUAAGUAGGAAAACCUGCAAAAUCGGCAGUGUAUCAAAUACUUCUCCCCACUGUAUGUAUGUGUUGGAGUGUCAGUGUAGUUUUUGUGGGUAGAGUCUGGUGAGUGUGCAUAGAGUCAGUGCAAGAGAGUCAGUGCAGAAAAAGGGGAUCAAUGCAAAUAGUCUGUGUAGCCAUUUGACUAACUGUUCAGCAGUCCCAUAAUUGGCACUCUGGUACCGCUUGCCAUGUUUCCAGACAAGAACUGAAAACAAUAGAAACAACUAGGAACCAGGCCUGGUAUUCAUAGCUGACUUGGAAAAGGACUUUGAUAAAGAAUGACUGGAAUUUAUAUAGAAAUGCCUGGACUAUUUUAAUUUAGGAGAAUCUCUUAUUCAAUGGGUUAAAAACUUAUUCGGGAUCGGUGUCCCAUCCACGUGACGGUUGAGCUAACGUAGGCUGAUGCAAUUAGCAUGAGGUUGUAAGUAACAAGAACAUUUCCCAGGACAUAGACAUGCCUGAUAUUGGCAGAAAGCUUACAUUAUUGUUAAUCCAACUGCACUGUCCAAUUUACAUUAGCUAUUACAGUGAAAGAUCUAGUGGCAAAAAUCUAAAUUGCACCUGGGCUGGAAUAAUACAUUAUGGCAUUUCUUUUGCAAUUCAAAGAUGGCACAAAAUAAAUAAGAAAGACUGGUUGUUUUUUUCUCUGUAUUAUCUUUUAUCAGAUCUAUUGUGUUAUAUUCUCCUACAUUCCUUUCACAUUUCCACAAACUUCAAAAAGAGUUCCCUUUCAAAUGGUACCAAGAAUAUGCAUAUCCUUGCUUCAGGACCUGAGCUACAAGCAGUUAGAUUUGGGUUUAUCAUUUUUUGCGAAUAUUUGGAAAAAAAGGGGCGGCUCCUUAAAGUUAUAUAUAGUAACCCUAAGUGUAAAAUAGUAUAUAAUGUCUACUUCUCAGAAAAGUAUUAAACUGUCAAGAGGAGUAAAACAAGUUUGUCCACUGUCAGCAUAUCUAUUUAUUCUUGCCAUUGUUGGGUUCGACAUUUUGUCACGUUCGUUAUAAUAAGUGGACCAAAGUGCAGCGUGAUCUGUGUUCCACAUAUUUUUAUUACUAAGUGAAACUCACAGCAAAACAAUACAUUUCAAACGAAAUGUGAAGCUAACAAUAGUGCUAACAGGCAACUAUCCAAAGUAAAGAUCCCACAAAGCACAAUGGGGAAAUGGCUGCCUAAAUAUGAUCCCCAAUCAGACAAUGAUAAACAGCUGCCUCUGAUUGGGAACCAUACCAGGCUAACAUAGAUCAUUAUUCAACAUAGAUAUUCAUUCCAUGUGUUAUUUCAUAGUUUUGAUGUCUUCACUAUUACAGAAAAUAGUAAAAUUAAAGAAAAACCCUCGAAUGAGUAGGUGAGUCCAAACUUUUGACUAGUACUCUAUGUACACCUAAACAAACUAAUUAUGCACAUGCAGUCAUACUGUUUUGUUUGCUCAAACACCCCAGCCCUGCUCACACACAUGAUUAAUAAAGCCGGGAUUUAAAGAUGUAGUAACUGUCUUCAUUAAUCCCUACAGUAAGCGUGUCAGAGAGAAGAGAGGAGAGAGUGGGAGAAAAGUUAAUUAUUCAACAUUGUUCAAGAGAGGAACAACCUCGUGGGGCGUUUAAGGCAGUACCCCAUGACAGUACCUUAACGUCAGUCAUAUCCCCUUACUCCUCCCCCCCUCCUUCCCCUGCCCCCCCUACUCCUCCAAAAGUGGGCUAUAUGUAGAAUAAAAGAGCCAAUUAAAACACAGCAGCACUGAUGUGAGGGCCAGCAGACUGAGAUAAACAACUAACAGUCUUUAUUAAGCCAUCCUCUGUUUCAAGGAACUGUCAGGGGUUCACCUUGGGGUCAUUAUAGGGGUUGUAUCAAAUGUUUGAUAUAUUAUAAUAAUUGAUUAUGCUUGUGUUGUAUUAAUAGAAGGGAAGGGGUUAUAAGACCCCUCCCUCCUUACAUUUAUAGGGUCCUAGACUACAGAUUAACAAUAUAUGUAUUUAUUAUAAAGGUUUAAUGUUGUUCCACAGUCUUUUCUAAUCUCUGCCUCUUAUAAAGAAACUGUCUGAGAAAUGUGUGACUGUGAAACAGAACUCUGCAGGGGAGUGUAGGAGAUAAGAGACUAGUCAGACAUUCCACUAUAAAUCAACUUGGACAUUUAUUGCUGAGCUUUUAGAUAACACUCAAACUCUCGUUUAUAUAGCUGUGUAGGCAUGAUUUUGGUCUCAUGAGUAGAAGGUAAUGACGUAGGCAGUGACAUCACUAAGAUAUAUGACUGUAGGAAUAACAAAAUAACUCGGACCCUUUUCUAUUUUGCAGAACUUACUCGGAAACAUGUGUGCUAUGUUCCUGUUGUCAACUUCUGUCUGCAAUUGCAUUAAUAAAGGUUUUUGAAUUAUUUAAUUAAAGAUAUUUUCUGAAUGCUAAUUUCACCAAUGAGCCAAUGAUUGACAAGGAACAAGGAACGAACCCCAACAGAAUGAUAUUGAGGAACAAGCUGUGCUUACAAACGGUCUGGAGAUACCUUCCUUGAACAUACUUGAGCUACGGAUCAAAAACCGACAUCAACUGCCUUGGUUAAGGCAGUAUUUUCAAACUGCAGUCCAUCGAAGGUCUGGAGAAAUAGACUAGUAGCCUCUGUUUUGGGUUGGACCCUGGCUGGGAUUCCAUUCUCCCUAGGGUUUCUUCGGGAGAGUUGGGAUAUGCAAGAAAAACAUUUCCAAUUCAAACAUGCAUGAAAUAGGACAAAUAUAAGCACGCGCCAAAUUAUUAUAAAUUAUUUCUUAUCUGUCGGGACACUCGGUGAAGCAGCAAAGCUCUCUACAUGGACCCUAUGUAUAAAGGUGAGAUUCCCACAUUUAACAUGUUUUUGGUGCGAUCGUGAAUACAAUACGAGAAAUUUGCAUUUUGCAGCGUAGAUAAUUGGUUUGACAGGAUGAAUUGAGCAGGGCUCUCGGUUUUUCCCUCAACAACACAAGUUAUUCUCUGUGUUUUCAUCCAUAGGUGGUGCCUUGCACCAGAACCCCUUCCAGCCAUGAGCUAAGCCCCCCCUAUCCUAAGCAUCCUGGGUAGGAUGACGGCUGUGUGCCCUGCUGGGGUGGGACCUGCUGGGGCUACAGUGGGGUGCUCCAGGGUGUCUGGGGCUGGGGUUUUGACUGGGAGUACAGGGGGUCAGGAUAAGAGAUACGCACGCUGGAGCCGCUUGGAGAGCUCGGACAUCACUGCAGAUGACGAGGGGGGCCCUGGCCACCGCGUCACCCCCCUGGAGAGGCUAAACCUGGACAUGUGCCAGGACGACAGGGUGGUCCGUGAGCUCACCUUGGGCCGGCGUAUCGGCUUCUACAAGGUCCGUGGGGAGAUCGGCUGUGGAAACUUUUCCCACGUCAAACUGGGGAUCCACGCCCUCACAAAAGACAAGGUGGCCAUUAAAAUCCUGGAUAAGACCAAGCUGGACCAAAAGACCCAGAGGUUACUAUCUAGAGAGAUAUCCAGCAUGGAGAGACUGCAACACCCCAACAUCAUACGCCUUUACGAGGUGGUGGAGACAUUGUCACGGUUACAUCUGGUGAUGGAGUAUGCAGGCGGAGGAGAGCUCUACACCAAGAUCAGCACAGAGGGGAAACUGUCCGACAUCGACAGCAAGAUCGUCUUCUCUCAGAUCCUCUCAGCUGUCAAACACAUGCAUGACAACAGCAUCAUCCACCGUGACUUGAAGGCAGAGAACGUCUUCUACACCUGCAGCACCUGCGUCAAGGUGGGAGACUUCGGAUUCAGCACGCUGAGCCGCCGCGACGAGACUCUAAACACCUUCUGCGGCUCCCCGCCCUACGCCGCGCCAGAGCUCUUCCGGGAUGAAAAUUAUCUGGGCGUCUUCGUAGACAUCUGGGCUCUGGGCGUCAUGCUGUUCUUCAUGGUGACAGGAAGCAUGCCCUUUAGGGCGGACACGGUUGCCAAGUUGAAGCGCUGUAUCCUGGAGGGGGCCUAUGUGCUGCCCUCCUGGAUACUGGAGCCCUGCCAGAGGCUGAUCAGAGGCAUCCUCCAGCCCCAGCCCUCAGAUCGCUGCAGUGUAGAGCAGAUGAUGGGCUGUGAGUGGCUGCUGAGUGUAGACUUCCCCCGGGCCAUGGAGCCCUUUAAACUGGACCCGUCCUAUCUGGCCGAGAGCACACCUUCAGAGUUGAAGGAGGACGAGGUGGAGGUGAGGGGGGCACUAGAGACACUAGGGAUCACCACGGAGCAUGUCUUGAAUAAUCAGGGGAAGGACUGUAGGAGUUCUAUAACAGGUGUUUAUAGGAUUCUGUUGCACCGUGCUCACAAUAGGCGGGCAGUGGAUAGCAUGCCUGCGGUUACACAUGUGGUCGGGGCCAGAGUGAGUAAAAAGGACCGGCUAAAGGCGUACCGCAGCUUAGGGCACACCUCCAAGCUCUGUGUGAUUCUGUGAUGAAAAGCCUUUACUCCUAUAGUUGAACUUUAUUGUAUUUUUUUUUCAAACGAAUAGAAUGUAUGUUACUGUGAAUGAGGAAUGAGAUGGUAAAUUUUAAAUCAGUUUGAUUUCUGUCUUCAAAUCAAAUCAAAUGUAUUUAUAUAGCCCUUCGUACAUCAGCUGAUAUCUCAAAGUGCUGUACAGAAACCCAGCCUAAAACCCUUAACAGCAAGCAAUGCAGGUGUAGAAGCACGGUGGCUAGGAAAAACUCCCUAGAAAGGCCAAAACCUAGGAAGAAACCUAGAGAGGAACCAGGCUAUGAGGGGUGGCCAGUCCUCUUCUGGCUGUGCCGGGUGGAGAUUAUAACAGAACAUGGCCAAGAUGUUCAAAUGUUCAUAAAUGACCAGCAUGGUCAAAUAAUAAUAAUCACAGUAGUUGUCGAGGGUGCAGCAAGCCAGCACCUCAGGAGUAAAUGUCAGUUGGCUUUUCAUAGCCGAUCAUUCAGAGUAUCUCUACCGCUCCUGCUGUCUCUAGAGAGUUGAAAACAGCAGGUCUGGGACUGGUAGCACGUCCGGUGAACAGGUCAGUGUUCCAUAGCCGCAGGCAGAACAGUUGAAACUGGAGCAGCAACACGGCCAGGUGGACUGGGGACAGCAAGGAGUCAUCAUGCCAGGUAGUCCUGAGGCAUGGUCCUAGGGCUCAGGUGCUCCGAGAGAGAGAAAGAAAGAGAGAAUUAGAGAGAGCAUACUUAAAUUCACACAGGACACCGGAUAAGACAGGAGAAGUACUCCAGAUAUAACAAACUGACCCUAGCCCCCCGACACAUAAACUACUGCGGCAUAAAUACUGGAGGCUGAGACAGGAGGGGUCAGGAGACACUGUGGCCCCAUCCGAUGAUACCCCCGUUCAGGGCCAAACAGGAAGGAUAUAACCCCACCCACUUUGCCAAAGCACAGCCCCCACACCACUAGAGGGAUAUCUUCAACCACCAACGUACCAUUCUGAGACAAGGCAGAGUAUAGCCCACAAAGGUUUCCGCCACGGCACAACCCAAGGGGGUCUUGAAUGUUGAUCGACAAAACAUUCAUCGCAGAUGCUCUAAGAAAGACUAAAAAAGUCUUCAAGUUGGGAUUCAGGUGAGAAUUUGUCUUUGUGAGAAUAUACUUUAGCCUGGGUGCCAGUCUUUCCCUAUUUUAUCUCACCAGAAAAGGCAAACAGGUAACAUAUGGUUAUCCAGCAGACAUUUCAAAGGAACCUGGGCGAUUCCAGCAUUAUGCUCAUAAUAUUUGCUCGCAAAAUCACAACUUAAAUGUCUCACAGAAUGGACAAACAAAAUAUAAAUACAAUUUUGAUGUGUGUGUCUAUAGUACCCACCAUGUAAUCCCCCAAAAAUGGACUUCUAAAUAUUAGCAUGUUGGAGAAAUAAAGCAAAUAAGAAGUGUUCUGGAUGUUACAUGAAAUGCACAACCCACUGGGUACAGACAUCAAAUCAACGUUUAUUGUGCCAUAAUUCCAUGUUGGUUCAAAACUAUUUCUUUGAAAUGAUGUGGAAACAACAUUGAUUCAACCAGUGUGUGCCCAGUUGUAAGCUUCUUGGAAAGAUUAAACACAUUAGCAAAAUUCUGUGAGUUUGUAAGUCUUAGGUCAAAACAUGGAUAGCCAUUUCGAAGGAAAGGCUUGGCUGAACAUAAAAACGCUAGUUUUGAAAAGAUUGCAAAUUCCAUGAUUACUUUAGGGUGGAAAACUUAUCGUUAUGGAUGUUACAGAGUCUGAAGUAGACAUUCAAAUCCUAAAGAUUUCUUGAUCAAAAUCUAUCCUAACACAUUUGUUGUCAUUUGGAAUGUUUUUAAAAUGUCAGCAGAAGGCAUAGUACCUUGGGAUUGCGUAAUUACAGGUAGCUUGAAUAGUAUAGGCAGUACCACACCCUAAAGGUAAUUAUUUUAAGAUAGAUUAAAAUAAUUACCUUUGACUCAUGUCGUAACUAAAAACAUUUUAACAAAUCAAAAUGUAUUUUAUAUUUCAGAUUCCUCAAAGUAGCCGCCCUUUGCCUUGAUGACAGCUUUGCACACUCUUGGCAUUCUCUCAACUAGCUUCAUGAGGUAGUCACUUGGAAUGCAUUUCAAUUAACAGCUGUGCCUUGUUUGAAGUUAAUUUGUGGAAUAUCUUUCCUUCUUAAUGUGUUUGAGCCAAUCAGUUGUGUUGUGAGAAGGUAGAGGUGGUAUACAGAAGAUAGCCCUAUUUGGUAAAAUACCAAGUCCAUUAUGGCAAGAACAGCUCAAAUAAGCAAAGAGAAACGGCAGUCCAUCAUUACUUUAAGACAUGAAGGUCAGUCAAUCUGGGAAAUGUCAAAAACGUUGAAAGAUUUUCAAGUGCAGUCUCAAAAACCAUCAAGCGCUAUGAUGAAACUGGCCCUCAUGAGGACCACCCCAGAAAAGAAAGACCCAGAGUUACCUCUGCUGCAGAGGAUAAGUUCCUUAGAGUUACCAGCCUCAGAAAUUGCAGCCCAAAUAAAUACUUCACGGAGUUCAAGUAACAGACACAUCUCAACAUCAACUGUUCAGAGGAUACUGCGUGAAUCAGGCAUUCAUGCUUGAAUUGAUGCAAAGAAACCACUACUAAAGGACACCAAUAAGAAGAAGAGACUUGCUUGGGCCAAGAAACAUGAGCAAUGGACAUUAGACCGGUGGAAAUAUGUCCUUUCGUCUGAUGAGUCCAAAUUUGAGAGUUUUGGUUCCAACCGCCAUGUCUUUCGGAGUAGGUGAACAGAUGAUCUCUGCAUGUGUGGUUCCCACCGUAAAGCAUGGAGGAGGAGGUGUUAUGAUGUGGGGGUGCUUUGCUGUUGACACUGUCAGUGAUUUAUUUAGAAUUCAAGGAACACUUAACCAACAUGGCUACCACAGCAUUCUGUAACGAUACACCAUAUCCGGUUUGCGCUUAGUGGGACUACCAUUUGUUUUUCAACAGGACAAUGACCCAACACACCUCCAGGCUGAGUAAGGGCUAUUUGACCAAGAAGGAGAGUGAUGGAGUGCUGCAUAAGAUGACCUGGCCUCCACAAUCACCUGACCUCAACCCAAUUUAGAUGGUUUAGGAUGAGUUGGACCACAGAGUGAAGGAAAAACAACCAAUAAGUGCUCAGCAUAUGUGGGAACUCCUUCAAGACUUUUGAAAAAGCAUUCCAGGUGAAGCUGGUUGAGAGAAUGCCAAGAGUGUGCAAAGCUGUCAACAAGGCAAAGGGUGGCUACAUUGAAGAAUUUCAAAUAGAAAAUAUAUUUUGAUUUGUUUAACACUUUGUUGGUUACUACGUGAUUCCAUAUGUGUCCAAACUUUUGACUGGUACGAUAUAUAUAUUUAUAUACACACACUACUGAUCAAAAGUUUUAGAACACCUACUUUAGGUUACUACAUAAUUCCAUAUGUGUUAUUUCAUAGUUUUGAUGUCUUCACUAUUAUUCAUCAAUGUAGAAAAUAGUAAAAAUAAAGAAAAUCCCUUGAUUGAGCAGGUGUUUUUGACCGGUAGUGCAUAUCAAAAGUAACCUUUACCAGUUGAAUGUAGAAUAUUUUCUGAAAUAUUGCAAUACAAUAUGCAAAUUUAACAAUAUACAUGUGCCAAUCCACUUUUCUGAACACUUGAUGAAGUCAGUAUUUUUGGGUGGCUUUCAUUUGAAAAAGACACUUCAAGACUAUUCAUAGAUUUUUGCUAAAUACUUCUCAUCUUUCUAUCUAUAAAACAGUACUGAAAUGUAUGAGAAAUGCACUUCAGAAUAUAUUUUCUGAGAAUCUUAGCUAGAACACAUCAUUUUGAAGAUAAUUUUCGACAACAAUUGCUUCAGUAAAAAUCUGAAGAAUACAUCUUAGAACAAGCACACAAAAUGUGGGAUAUGCACAAGCUUCUGAAGCUAAGACAAUGUACAUCAAUAUUCAUCACAUCCACAACUGUUGUUAAUGUUACGUAUAUCAUAUAAUGCUAAAAAAGGAUACUGACAAUGAUGCAGCAAUCAACCCCAUAAAUCUGAUGCUGCAAUUUCAUAAAUAUAUAUUUUUUACUUACCUAGGCAAGUCAGUUAAGAACCAACUCUUAUUUACAAUGACAGCCUAUCCAAGCCAAACCCAGACACAUGGCAUACAGCCUGGAUUUGAACUAGGGACUGUAGUGACGCCUCUUGCACUGAGAUGCAGUGCCUAAGACCACUGUGCCAAUCGGGAGCCCAAACACUACAUGAAGUGACUGAGCCUUGGUAACCCAGAUGUAGCAUUGUUGAAUGCAGAAAGAGUCUCAGCUAAUGAGAAUGAAGAAUGGGAUGAUUUCUGUCUUGAAUGUUCUAUUGCACUUUUCCAUGCCUUCGCUUUUCUUUCCAGUUACAUUAGGCCAACACCACGACUCAAUAGAAAAUGUGAUCUUCUAUUUCAUAAAUGCAUGUCAAUGUAAUGCUUUGCACUCAUUUUCCAGGAAUCAUGAUAUAGCCUGAGUGCCGGUCUGUUUGCGCUAAAAUGCUUUGGUUUGACGAUGAACAAUGGAGUUGCCAAGAGCACAAACAGAUCUGGGACCAGUCUAGACAACUCCAGGUCAAUGGUUGAAAUUAACACAUUGGCCAAUUGGCCUGGUUGGGUUGAAAGUUACUUUGUACACCAUACCUCUCAACUCCAAGGAUUCGAUUUUUUGAUUGUUAUUAUGCCAUAUUAUUGCCCUAUAUGUCUUGUUAAAAUAUUAAAUACAAUUAUGAAAUGCUACGUUUGUUCUCUUGUACUGUUUUGAUAAACUUGACUUGUGUUUUUUACUAAACUUUUUGUAAAGUUCCUCUGUGGGUAAUGAGUUUAUAUUAUGGAAAAUAAAGAUGCUGAAGGUA